AUGAACCAAAGUCCUCGGUCAUAUGCGUUUCUCAGAGAACGAAUAGUGCGAGAGAGUCCAAUCCCAGACGAUCGCAUUGUCCCAGAAAGCGACCACGAAACGCCCGUCACGCCACCGCCCCAAACUUCCGAAUCAAGCAUCAAACGAAAUUCAGUAAAAGCCAAAAGGGACACUCAAAGGCCCAUUACAGACAUCAUCGAGCUCUCGGACGAUGAUUCUGGACCGUCACUGCCAGCGGAAAUCAUCAAUCUCACCGAUGAAUCACAAAGCGCUCCUGAAAUCGUGGAGAUUGUCAGACCGCCCUUGCGCGCUUCGAGAGGAGCAAAUGCCCGGCGUCCGGUCGUCCCUGCACGUACCAACUCUGGAGAUCCGGGACUUUCAGAUUCUGAAGAGAGUCUACCAGAUCUCUCUCGGUUUGCUUGGAGAGGUCAGGUGAGGACUGCAGCUUCUAUGCUUCCGAGAGCAGCCCCCGCAGAGGUUGCAGAAAGUUCCUCUGUCAUCACGACUACAAAGCCACAAAGUCGUAGCGUCAAUACGACAAACUACUCUUUUACGGACAAUCAACUUCGGCCACUGACGAGAUGCGUCGCGUGUAAUUCCGGCUGGACGACUCGCAAAUCAGUUGCAAAGAAACUGCAGCACAUUCGUGUAUGCCAAAGGAAGAAUGCUUUCAGCGACGAUACGAUGCGCCUCCUCAUCCAGAAGCAAUUGGAGCAGGAUACUGCAGCCAAGCCCUGGCAUUCCACCGAAGACGACCCAGAAAGAGAAGACGUAGAUGGAUUGCUCAUGGAUCAGAUAGUCAGAAGCACUUUCCCCAAACAUCGCAACCGCAGAGAAGUCGCCGCCUCGACGAUUCUCCCUGUCGACGAGCAGCACGAGAUUUUCUCCAAACGGGCUGGCCAUUUCCUCUCGGCACUCCCGGAUGAGGAGGAUGGUAAUGCGCCUCCGACGCAAACGCUCCCUCCGAGUCGACUUGGAGCGCACACGACAUUGCAAAGCCUAUCCGAGUCGACCGAUCAAUCCGCACCCGAUCACCUCAACACUGCCAUCCAAAAUACUGUUCGACAACUUAGGGACGACCCAGGCCAGUCGCCGAGCGAGGUCAACUCAAAAGGGAAAGACAAGAGAACUCCUCGAAUGACCAAAUCGAUACAAGACAAGGCUCUGUUCAGCCAGCCUCACGACGGCGGAAGCUCGAUGGCAAAGCCUUUGCGGCCUACUUUGACUGAAGUAACCAGCCCGACAAAGCGUUUGCCACAAAAGAACCGACAGUAUUACACAAGCUCGAGCCCCAAGAGUAUGGGGCGUCUUCCCCUCCAAAAGAGUUUUCCUUCUUCAAGCAGUCUCAAAAGCGGUAGUAUCGCUAGAGACAGGGUCAAUGCCCACUUUAGCUCCUUCCCCUAG